AGACAUGGCGGGUACUAAGCGGACGGCCAUCGAUGAGAAGGCCAUGUAAGGGAGCCCUUCUCUGAAUGACACGAGCUAACAAGCAACAGCGUCAGGACAGUCUUCAUCGCUCUGCUCCUCGACAUCCUUGCUUUCACUAUGAUUCUCCCUCUCUUCCCCGAGAUGAUCAACUUCUACCGCUCUCGCGAGGUAGAUAGUGCAGGGCCCUCGACCCUUGGUUUUGUGCUCCAACAGCUCAACACCCUCAAACGCCAGGUCAGCCAGUAUGCUGUUGUCUCGCCUCGCUUUGACACGAUUCUCCUCGGUGGCAUGGUUGGUUCUCUCUUCUCCUUCUUGCAAUUCAUCGCUUCCCCCAUCAUUGGUAAGAUGUCGGACAGCAAAGGCAGACGCUACACGCUGCUUGCAACUAUGUGGGGAAAUAUUCUCUCCACCUUCAUCUGGGUCUUUGCAUCCAGUUUUUCGACCUUCUUGCUUGCGCGUGUUGUCGGUGGAUUGAGCGAGGGCAACGUGCAGCUCUCUAUUGCCAUCAUGUCAGAUGUGACAAGCGACGCGAACCGCUCAAAGGCACUCGCAUUAGUCGGUAUCGCCUUUUCAGUUGGCUUCACUGUCGGUCCAGCCAUCGGUGCCUUCAUGACACGCUACAAUGCAAGCGGUAUCUCUGUCGGUGGCGGUGUGUUCAACCCGUUUUCGGUUGCUGCAGGAUUAUGUCUGCUCCUGCUGGUCGUUGAGACUAUUUUCCUUUACGCCUACCUACCAGAGACGAACGUGGUCAAGGACAAGAAAGAAACACCAGGUGCUACAACCGAACUCAAGAACCUCGCUGUCUCUGCCGACCCGCAGGUGACUGCCCGUCGGCUCAAAAACGCUUCCAUUGCACACUUUGCACACCUAUUCCUCUUCUCCGGCAUGGAAUUUUCCCUCACGUUCCUCACGUUUGAGCUUUUCAGCUACUCGGCAGCACAGAAUGGUCGCCUCCUCGGAUUCAUUGGCAUCUUUGCAAGUUUGAUCCAAGGCGGCUACAUUCGACGCAAAAAGUCGCUUGAACCACUCAACGACCUCUCCCUCGCCAACCAAGGUGUUACAACGUGUCUCCUCUCCUUCAUCCUCCUCGCAGCCGUUACGACGAAACGUCCAGCAUUGCUAUGGGCAGGCGGUGCCUGUCUCGCUUUCACCUCUGCAACCGUGGUCAACUGCCUCACUGCCUACUGCUCCAAAAUCUGCGAUCCAGCCACCCGAGGCUCUCAAAUGGGACAAUUUAGAUCUUGGGGUCAACUGGGUCGUAGCAUGGGACCUAUCUUGAUCUGUGGCAUGUAUUGGUUUUUGGGCAAGACAACAACGUAUAGUGUCAUGGCGGUGUUGUAUGCGGUCUUCUUUGCUUACUUUGGUGGUGUCGUCAAGGGCUAUGAGAGGACCUUGUCCAAUGCCAAUAAGUCUGGCGCCAAGAAAGUUCAGUGAAUAUACUGCUCGAGACUGUAAAACAGAAAUCUCACAAAAGUCAUAGCCUAAACCAUCAUUGAAUACAGCUUUGAUUUAUGACUUGCCGACGUGAGCUUGAACUGCUUGUGACCAUUGAUCCAGUUCUGCUACUAGUGCUUCCAGCUCAGUGACGCGUUUGCAUACUUCAUCAAUUGACGCAAUGUACGUUUCAAUUUUAAGCCGCUCUGCUCGAAGGACUUUGGCAUCACCACCAAGCAGUCCUUCAGCAGCAUCAUUCAUUGCAUGUAGAGACUGGACCUUUUCUUGAUUCUGUGCAGUUAAAGCGUCAAGCUGUGUUUGAGCCUCAGUUGGAGUGGAAGAGUCGGUCUCGAGGACGUGCUUUUCUGCAUAAAGCGAGAGAGCUUGCCGAAUGACCUGAUGAGUAGCCUUUUGUGAGCUGGCCAUCGCAGGGAAAAGAUAAAACAAGAAGAGGACCAAGAAAGCUCUUGACUAUGAAGCGUAUG